UUUUUCUUACCAUGAAUGCAUUGACCGAUGGCCAAACAUACACAAACAUUCAAGUCCUGUUCAUAAAUAUUGGGGCUGAAACAAAUGAAAUCAAACAAAAUCUUUGAAGCUUUGAAGUCAUAGUUCAUAACUCAUUUUGAUCAUAAGUUCGAUAUAUUUAUAUGAGUGCAGAACAAAAAUUCAGUAAUCAGGGUAUGAAUAUUGCUUAUACUGACAAUAGAUGACAUCACCAUCUGCCAUGAGUUUUGUAUCAUCAACGUAUAUAUUUCAUAUAUGAACUGAACGUUAUUCUUCAUUUGGAGCCACAGUUUUUAGCGGCAAAAAAAAAAAUUUUGUGUAUAGAAUAGAAUUCAACAAUGACAAAAGCAAGCAUAACAUUACCAGAACGUGAUGUCAUUUAUAAAAAUGACCAAUUUCUCAUUAAACAACAUGACUGCAAUCUCCAGUAUUUUCCAUAUUAUCGAGCCCGUCUUAAUCAAAUGAAACGGCCACUGAUUUUAGCAGCAAAAAACCGUUGGCCCGGUAUUGCCAUUUAUACGCUCAAUGAUUUGGCUGAUUCAAAAGCUGAAGCUGACAAAUUUUCUCAAGACAGUUCUGAAGAGUUACUUGAACAGGAUAGCCAUCAUGAUAAAUUAUUCGGUAAAGAUAUCGUCGUAUGUGGUAUACUUUUGAAACGAAUGUCCAUGCAACCGAACAUUCUAAAAGAAUUGGAUGACGAACGAAAACUUAUUGAACCAUUGGAAGAUAGUCGAAAAAACUUUUGCUCACCAAAUGAUACUUUGUUCCUCCAAGAUGGUGAUGAAUCAAUUGAAUUGAAGGGAGAUGAUCUGCCCAUUAAUCAACUAUGUACUGGCAUAUGUUUGGCCACUAAAGGUCAGAUUAAUCCGAACGGUUCUGGUUUCAUUGUGGAAGAUUAUUGUUUUGCCUUGAUUCAAAAUUCCGUCGAUCGUCCAAUAAAAGCUAAAGAUUAUUAUAUGCUGAUCGUUUCUGGAUUGAACUUGACAGGCGAUGGUUACGCCAACAACCAAGAACUCUCGCAAUCAUUGAAUCUACUUUUUGAUUUGGCUACUGGUCACUCGGAUUUUAUUCUGGAUAAAACGAUUGUCAAUCUCAUACUUGCGGGCAACAGUAUUAAACUUGAUGUUGAUGGUUCAAAAUCUGGGGAUAUUGAUUCAAUCGAAGCGCUCAAAAUGUUGGAUAAAUUUUUAGCCAAUGUUGGCCAAUAUAUGUUUGUAGAUGUUAUGCCCGGUAGUUUGGAUCUAAGCAAUGGCCUUUAUCCACAACAACCCUUGCAUCCUUGUCUUUUUCCACAAACUUUUCGAUUAUCAACUAUACGUUCAGUGACCAAUCCACAUCGAGCAACAUAUUUCGAUGUAGAUUUUCUUGGAACUUCAGGCGAGAAUAUCGAUUCGAUUCGUUCGUGUACGAUGUGGAAUGAGCCGAUAGAAAUUAUGCGCAAUUUGCUACAAUGGGGCCAUUUAGCACCCUCGUGUCCUGAUCUAUUGCAUUCAUAUCCAUUCUCUCAACACGAUCCAAUGGUCAUCAAUCAAUAUCCUGAUGUUUUGUUUGCCGGCAAUCAGCCAGAAUUUAGUUGUGCUACAUUUGAUGCACCAAUAUCAGAAUGUACUGGUGAUUUAAAUGCUAAAACUAAAACUAUUCGAUUAAUUUCAGUGCCGUCAUUCGUAGAAAAACGAAUUGGCGUUUUGGUAAAUCUACGAACAUUGGAAUGUGAAAUGUUGGCAUUUAAUUAAAGCAUAAAAUAAAAAUGCAUUUUAAAUCUUUCA